AUGGAACACAUACUCAUAACAGACACAAUUAAAUGCGGAGAAACACUAAAUAUCUCGAAACAAGCCAAAUAUAUCAUAAGAUACCAAACCAGUAACAUAUAUGACGUCACACUACCUCCUACUUCUGAGACAGAAAACCACACUGUGAAAAUCGUGCAGUAUGAGGAAGGUGGUUUACGGUUCAGAAGAUGUCGUGUUGAGGUAAGGACACUACCGGGUUAUCGCCUACAGGUGAACGUCCAUUACAUACCACAGUAUCCUGAUUGUAAUCGGGGAUAUUUUCACAUUGGAAACGACAAAUUUCGAUUGGACAUGGUGUCUUUGACUUCAUACAAAUUUUGUGACGUAGUACGCGGGUUGGAGAUAAUAUCGAGAGAGAACUAUAUGUGGAUGGUGUAUAAUGCUUUAAGUCAGCAAGAAACUACGGGAGAAAUCCACAUCGAGGCUCGUCCAGCUGUGAGAUGCAGCAGCGACUCGUUUGAGUGUUCGCCAGUCCAGUGUGUCGAGCAGACCAGAGUAUGUGAUGGACGAACUGACUGUCAGAACGGACGAGAUGAAUUCUGUGGAAACAUCCGGAACGUUACAGAGAAACAAAUACCUGAAACCAACGGUCCGUGUUUUCUGUGCUGGAAUGACAGAGUUAUCUGCCCUUCGUUACCCAUGUAUAACGAUGAACGAGGGUAUGACCUCUGGUUCAUGUGUGACGGGGUUGACCAUUGCAAGGACGGGUCAGACGAACAGCUUGACAUGUGUUAUAGAAUGAAAAGAAAAGGGACGUCAUCUAUGUUGUUCCAGUGUAUACCUCGCUUAGACGGUGGUUACCAUGGAAACACAUCCGUUCGGAUAUGGCGGGAUCGGGUUUGCGAUGGAGUCGUAAACUGUCGUAAUCGGGAGGAUGAAGAAAAGUGUUCAGAAGAAAAUCUCAGCGGUAAAAUGGAUAUAGAUCCAGUGUCGGUAACAUUUGUGGUGUGUUUCCUUAUGUCCGUCAUUUCAGGAGCAGCCAUAUUUAUAUAUCGUACAGGAAAGAAACAGUCCGUUACCAUACGCCUGGAUAGCUUGAGGGAAGGACCUGCAUUGGACAGAUCGGAAACGGUCCGCUUGGAGACGGUGACAGAGGAACCGGAAGUAAAUACACCACGAGAAAAAAACAGUUUGGUUUAG